AUGGCGGCGGCCGCGGCGCUCCCGGGCGCGGGCGGGCCUCCCGCGGGCGGCGGGGCCGGCGGCGGCGCGGGCGGCGGGUCCCCGCCGGGCGGGUGGGCCGUGGCGCGCCUCGAGGGCCGCGAGUUCGAGUACCUGAUGAAGAAGCGCUCGGUGACCAUCGGCCGCAACUCGUCGCAGGGCUCGGUGGACGUGAGCAUGGGCCACUCGAGCUUCAUCUCGCGGCGCCACCUGGAGAUCUUCACGCCCCCGGGCGGCGGCCAUGGCGGGGCGGCCCCCGAGCCCGCGGCGCAGCCCGGGCCCGACGCCGGCGGCGACUUCUACCUGCGCUGCCUCGGCAAGAACGGCGUGUUCGUGGACGGCGUGUUCCAGAGGCGCGGGGCGCCGCCGCUGCAGCUGCCGCGCGUGUGCACCUUCAGGUUCCCGAGCACAAACAUCAAGAUUACGUUCACUGCCUUGUCCAGCGAGAGGAAGGAGAAGCAGGAGGCGCCCGAGUCCCCGGUGAAGCCCGUGCAGGCCCACAUCUCUCCCUUGACCAUCAACAUUCCAGACACCAUGGCCCACCUGAUCAGCCCCCUGCCCUCCCCCACGGGAACCAUCAGUGCUGCAAACUCCUGCCCAUCCAGCCCUCGGGGAGCAGGGUCUUCAGGGUACAAAAUGGGCCGUGUGAUACCAUCUGACCUCAAUUUAAUGGCUGACAACUCACAGCCAGAAAAUGAAAAGGAAGCUUCAGGUGGAGACAGCCCAAAGGACGACUCAAAGCCACCUUACUCCUAUGCACAGCUAAUUGUACAGGCGAUUACGAUGGCUCCCGAUAAACAGCUCACCCUCAAUGGGAUUUACACACACAUCACUAAAAACUAUCCGUACUACAGGACCGCGGACAAGGGCUGGCAGAAUUCAAUUCGCCACAAUCUCUCUCUGAAUCGUUAUUUCAUCAAAGUACCACGUUCCCAGGAAGAACCAGGCAAAGGCUCGUUCUGGAGGAUAGACCCUGCCUCUGAGAGCAAACUGGUAGAGCAGGCUUUUAGGAAGAGACGGCCUAGGGGCGUGCCUUGCUUUAGAACCCCUCUGGGACCGCUCGCGUCUAGAAGUGCCCCCGCCUCUCCUAAUCACACUGGAGUGCUGUCUGCUCACUCCAGCGGUGCCCAGACCCCCGAGAGCCUGUCGAGGGAAGGUUCGCCGGCCCCCCUGGAGCCUGAGCCUGGCACCUCACAGCCCAAACUGGCUGUCAUCCAGGAGGCACGGUUUGCCCAGAGUGCACCAGGCUCCCCUCUGUCUAGCCAGCCUGUUUUAAUUGCUGUGCAGCGACAGCUGCCCCCGACGAUCAAGCCCGUCACCUAUACUGUCACUGCCCCUGUGACCACCUCGACCUCCCAGCAGCCCGUCGUGCAGACGGUUCACGUUGUCCACCAGAUCCCGGCAGUGUCCGUCACCAGUGUGGCCGGACUGGCCCCAGCGAACACGUACACCGUCGCGGGGCAGGCCGUAGUCACACAGACGGCGGUGCUGGCCCCUCCCAAAGCAGAGCCACAGGAGAAUGGAGAUCACCGAGAAGUGAAAGUGAAAGUGGAACCUAUUCCCGCAAUGAGCCAGGCCACCCUGGGCGCCGCCAGCCGGGUGAUUCAGACGGCACAGCCCACCCCUGUCCAGACGGUCACCAUCGUGCAGCAGGCACCUCUUGGGCAGCACCAGCUGCCAAUAAAAACUGUGACACAAAACGGGACUCACGUGGUGCCAGUCCCCGCCGCUGUGCACGGCCCGGUAAACAACGCAGCAGCAAGUCCUCUGCACAUGCUGGCGACACAUGCGUCAGCGUCGGCCUCCCUGCCCACAAAGCGCCACAAUGGCGACCAGUCGGAGCAGUCAGAGCUUAAGCGGGUCAAGACCGAGGACGGGGAGAGCAUCGUCAUCGCCCUGAGCGUGGACGCGCCGCCGGCGGCCGUGAGGGAGAAGGGCGCCCAGAACUAGCGGCCCUGGAGCUUCCCACUUCCCUGUCGACUCUGGUGCCAAAGGAGACACUGCCCUUCACGGAUGCCGGGAGCGCGUCCCUCGGGGGCAGAGGGCCCUGCGGUUGGACUUCACGUCAGCACUGAAAACACAAAACCCAGGUGGCCUUAAAACUCCUUAAAGACAGAAAUCACACCUGAACUUGAAACCACACAACAAACCUGGUCCCAGCAGAGUCCCCGCCCAGCGCUCGCCUUUUAACCCUGAGCAGACUCGGCCCUUCCGAGUGAGGACGGCGCCUGGUGCGAGCAGGUGGGCCCGACGGCCCUCCUGAAGGGGACAGCGAGGAGCCACCUCAGGACCCCGGGCUGCAGAUGAGACAGUAUUUUGUUGUUCACAUGUGGAAUUAGAGUAUUUUGAGGUUACUUUCUUUACAGAAUAAUGGGGUCUUUGACAUUUCAGAUCACUCCAUUUCUACUCUGGAAGUUUGGACCCACACAGGACCUUUCGUGUGGGUUCCAUUUGAGAAAAGAACAGCAUAGCUCUGUUUUCGUUGCUUGUUUCCAGCCUCUGGAAGGAUUUCCGGUGUGCUGUUCAAGAUCGGGAGGAGUUCGUGAUGGCAGCAGCCCCGUCCUGGUGGAGCAGCUGCCUGAUGAGUUUACUCCUCCGUGUCGGUGUGUAGGACGGACAGAUGGACUCGGCGGGCUGCAUGGAUGAACUGCUGGACUUGCGGGCUGCACUUGUUUUUCUUGCUACUUUUUGUUGUUUCUUUGUGUUGACUUUGUCCCUGGCAUCAUUUUCCACUCUAAGUAAAACAAGUCUCCUAAGUAUUGUGUGUUUAAAAUAACAGAACUAUUCCUACUUUAUUUGGGGGGAAAAUUCAAUCUUUUAUCACACACCCUCCCUUUCCAAUAAUGUCCCAGAGCUCUUGGUGACAGUGUGUUGUCUUAGGUGCCCUCACCAACUCAGCAUCGUCUGACCAGCUGUCUGCCCGACUCUGCCCCACUCACCCUGCUGCUGGGGCGGGGCAGAAACUGCUUGUUAAUACAGGGUCUUGGAAGCAAGCGCCCUGUGGAUAAAUAUUGGAAACAUCUAAGUUGUUUUCUGAUUUGUAACAGGAAAUUUCCCUCAACCUUUCAAAACUGCAUCCCCUACUAAGGCUGACUUCUCUCCUACAAAAAAUAAAAGCAAGAGAAAAGAAAACCAAGGUGAGAACGGAAAGUAGGAGGCACGCCUCACGGCCUCAGCUCAUGCUCCUCUGGAAGAAACCACUCGCCUUUCCAGAGUGUUCUGGGGGUCAGGGCUGAGCAGCCGUGCAGCUCGAGAGGUUUGGCCUCAUUAUGAAUUUUUAAAUGUCAUCAUCAUAACAUUAUUUAUUUAAAUGUAGUUUGGUAUUUAAUUUUUUUUUUAAAGAGAGGGAAAAAAACCUGUAUUUUCCUGGUGGAAUGAAACAACUCAGAAUGGUAUAUUUAGGCAAUUUUAAAACACUUCUUAUUUACCUAAAGACCAAAUAUGAUCAAUUUGUUCUAAGUAUUGUGUGUCAAUCCAAAGUAUGGAGCUGUCACGAUGUUACUGCAGAUGAUGCGUAUUAAAGAUUAUGAACUUGCUGCACAGUAGCUGGAUUUAUACUCAGCCAUUUAAAAAUAAAACGGAACCAUCAAGUGAAUGAGACCACGUGUGUGAUGGGCCGAGUCCAAGUCGCAGACUCGAGCGGGCGGGCGCACCCCGGGCAGCACUGUUAUCUUCGGGCAUUUCAGACACCUUGGAACAUGUGUCUUCACUUGGCUUUUUGUUCGGAAGGUUAGCAAACUGCAGAAUAACUCAGACUGUGCCGUGUCCUGUGGGGUGCCCCAGGGAGCUGUCGGUAGGUGAGUGGACAGGACCACCCCAGGGGGGAACUUGGCUUAGGCAGCAGAGAGCAGACACACGGUUGUCCUCCUGGAGACACGUCCACAUGGCAGCGUGCCUGUCACUACCGGGGGGCGGGCGGGCGCAUCCUCCCUGCUGAAGCCCAGCCCAUCUUCUGGUUAUUUCUGAGCCCAAAACAGAGCUUUUGGGUCUGGAGGAAUUUCUGCUGGGAUGAUAAGUACCCAGUUCUCAAACUUUAAAAAGAGUUUUUUGUGUGGGGGGGGGUUUGGUUUGUUUUUGCUGGACUGUGCCUUUUUCAGAGGUGAGGGUGUUCUCUGUACUUUGUCCUUCCUGUUACCUUAUUAGUCGGCUCACUAGUUGGCGCAUAGAAAUAUAAGGAGGAGGCUGGAAGAAACACGGAUUAGAAAACUACCAUAGUCCAAGCAAGUUUUUUUUUUCAACUUAGCUCUGAGUCCCCAAGAGCCCUCAACACACCAAGGCCCCCAGAGCCGUGUCCCUGCCACACCCUGGAGGCCUGGUGCGACAACCUUGUGUCCCACUGAGCUCCCUCCCGGCUGUCCACUGGCACUUUUUAACGUCUUGUUUUAAGAAGUUUCUACUUUGACUUUUGCCAAACUUCUGAGCUCCCUGAGGGACUAGAACCUUCGUUCCUGCAGCUUUGCCCAGAACCAAACAAAACUCUGAGAGGGGAACU